GAGUCGGGAGGUAUGCGGUGUGUCAGGAGGUCACAUACAAUCCGGUGUGAGGCAGGAACUGGGAAGCCAUCCAACAAUGUGGCUGUUUGCGCAGAGGCGCGUCUGCUGGUACAGCGCGCGUCACCGCCAGGAUCAGGGGAUAAAAGGCUCAGCCCUCCAGCACAGCCCCAGCAGCUGCACUCACUACAGCCACAGCACAGACUCCGACCGAACACUCUUCGCCCCUCUCCACUUUUUAACCGAGAGAUCCGCUUCGAUCGCACUGAGUUUCAGUCAGAAGACGACUCGAGAAAACUUCACCGCAGCAAAGAUGUUUGCUGGACCGGGAGGCCUGAAGUCUGCACUUUUGCUGCUUCUGGGACUGACUUGUCUGGUCAGCACUGAGGAUUGCGGUGGUCAGUGUCGCUGCCCUGAGCAGCCCCCGCUCUGUGCCCCCGGGGUGUCUCUGCUCACCGAUGCCUGCGGCUGCUGCAAGGUCUGCGCCAGACAGCUGGGAGAGGUGUGCAGCCGCCUCCAGACCUGCGACCCCCACAAAGAUCUGUUCUGCGACUUCGGAUCCUCCCAACACAGCACCGUGGGGGUCUGUGCAGCAAAAGAAAGCGCCCCUUGUGUGUUUGAUGGAGUAGUGUACAAGAACGGCGAGAGUUUUCAGAGUGGCUGCAAGUACAGCUGCACCUGUGUGGAUGGCUCCAUCGGCUGUGUCCCGGUGUGUGGUGUGCACAUCCGCCUGCCCAGCUCCGACUGCCCAUUCCCCAAGAAAGUCAAAGUGCCCGGCAAGUGCUGUGAGGAGUGGGUCUGUGAACAGCCCAAAUUCCACACCAUGGUCGGACCUGCUAUGGCAGCUUACAGAGAAGAAGCCACAUAUGGCCCUGAUCCCUCCAUGUUCCGAGCUAACUGCCUUGUUCAGACCACUGAAUGGAGUGCCUGCUCUAAGACCUGUGGUAUGGGCAUCUCCACCAGGGUAACCAACGACAACAGGGAAUGCAGACUGGAGAAGCAGAGCAGACUCUGCAUGGUUAGACCCUGCCAAUCAGACAUGAAAGAGACCAUCAAGAAAGGCAAGAAGUGUAUCCGCACUCCCAAGGUCUCCAAGCCCACCAAGUUUGAAUUGUCUGGCUGUGUGAGCGUUAAGUCUUACAGAGCCAAAUUCUGUGGUGUUUGCACCGAUGGCAGAUGCUGCACUCCUCACAGAACGACCACCCUCUCGGUCGAGUUCAAAUGUCCCGAUGGCGAGUUCAUGAAGAAGAAGAUGAUGUUCAUCAAGACCUGCGCCUGCCACUAUAACUGCCCCAUGGACAACGAUGUCUUCCAGUCCUUGUAUUACAGGAAGAUGCUGGGUGACAUGGCAUAAACCAUGUAAUCCAUCUAAGACAGAUUUUCCAUCUCAGAAGCAGAAUCACUGUAUAGCACAAAAGAAAGUAUGUAAAAGUAUUGACGUUGACCUGUUGGUUCAAAGAGACGUGGGAGGGAAGUAAUUUGCGAGGUUUGUAAAAGGAUUCACGAAAAUUGAAUCCUGCAGGUGUCUAUAUGUUUUUCAUAUAAACACACUGUGGGCUCUGCUCUGACACUGGACUCACUAAUGAGUUCCUUGAAAUCAGACAGGACCUGACAGACGAUAUCUGUGUCUGAGCAGAGUCAUUCUAGAGGGUUAUUUUUGGUCAUAUCCAGGUACCCGCAAAUUCACAACUCCCUCCCUAUUAUGAGCAACCAGAGAAUGGGAACAUGUCAUAGCACUCAGCCUAGAUUUUAAAACUACAUUAAUUAUACACUGAUAUCUAUAAUAUCAUUGUACAUAAUGUAUAUACCUGUACAGUUGUCUAAGUUAAUUUAAAUGUACGUGCCUCUUGUUGUUUAUUGCUUGGGUAAUCUAGUUUAGACUAUUGACAAAAGCAGCUGUUUUCAUUUUUUUGAACAGUAUUGUAACAUUUGAGAAGUGUGACCAAAAGUUACAUGUUUGCACUUUUCUAGUAAUAAAAUAUAUUUUUGAUACACA